UAUGCCGUGAAUAUUGCAGUCGUGUGUCCCCGUUAAUAUAUGGCUUGUCAGAGACAAGAUAAAGCUAGAUAUAUCAAUCGGGAUCUAUUCUAUCGCUCAAGCCGACGUUGAAAAAUACAGCUGGUAAGAAACAUCCAUGCAUAUAUUAUGGGACUAAGAAAGUUCUAUAAGGGAGGUUCAGACCCGAAAAGUUCUUCCAGAGAACAGGCCUCGAGAAUGCACUUUCAAAGAUAUUGGAUGCCGCGGGGGAUAGAAGCUUCCACUGUUAAUGCUACGACUACAGCUGAUAGCUUGCCCCCUUAUACGUUGGAUGGAAACCCGGGGCAAGAUUACCAUCAUAUUAUCUCCACCACUUCUCCAAAGGAUACUUCCCAUCCUUUUGCAUUAAAAUAUCCGUUUUCUAACCCAUCCCAUCCCAUCCUUGAAACCUACACGAGUGUAGAAAAUCUCCCGCAAUCUGACCUGGAAGAAGACAUAGAGCGCAUCAAACAGGAAACGAGAGCCACGCGACGAGAAACGCUUCACUCCACCCGUAACAUGAUCCAACUAAGCACCGACGCCAUGCUUUCAGCCGAUAAAUCGCUUGAUGUGAUGCGGCAACAGGGUGAGCAGAUGGGUGAUAUGGAAGGAUGCUUCAGUCGGUUAAAUGCGAAUACUUUCGCCUCGAAGGGUCAUAUCAAGCAGAUGGAGCGAUACACCGGUGGCAUGGUUGCACCUUUUGUACCCAACCCGUUCACUUCGUCCCGGAGAAGAAAACAGGAGGCCAAGCUGAUUCAACAGCACGAAGAAGGAACAAAACAGAGACGUGAGAAAUACAAAGAUCCGGGAUCGCCCUCUCGUGUAAAAAUGGAGUUAAUCAAUCAAGGUAAGGGCAAGGGGUACUUUGAAGAUAUAAUACCAUUACCGUUCGGCAGGUAUAUUGAAAUAGAGGACAUUCCUGUGGAAAGGGAGAUUAAUAGGAAUUUGGGGACGAUCGGGGAGCUUGUGGGGAAUUUAAAAACCAGAGCUACGACAAUCUCGAGAACUAUUGACCGUCAAAAUGUUCUCUUGCGGGUUAUUGAAGAUGAUACGGAGGCUGUUUCUAACUGUAUAGAGGUAAACAACCAGGCGUUAGACCGGCUUUCUAGAUAAUAUAGAAACGAAGUACGUAUGAAAGGCGCAGUGAUUGGACCAAUCUCUUGAUUCUCG